AAAAAAAAAAAAAAAAAAAAAAAAAAAAAAAAUACACCUAAAGCAAAGGAACAAAAACAAAAACAAAACAAACCGGGAAAAAAAAAAGAAAAAAGAAAAGGAAGAUGAGCACGCUCAAAGUUGGGGGCUAAUUCACAGCCUCGAAUUCGUCCCCCUUUAGAUGGGAAAGCACUUUUGGAAAUUAGGGUUUUAGGUUUUGGAUUGAAGAUUGUAAUUUGUCAUUUGGGUUUUGCUGAAGAAUCAAAGGAUUUGAUGGGGAUUUUGUUUUGGUGAGUUUGUGGCCUAAAAAAUGUUGCCCAAUCAAAGUUAUUCUCGCAUCGACACUUUAGAGCUGAAAGCUCUGAUUAUCCAAAAGAUUGGGCAUCAAAGAGCUGAGAAAUACUUUGAUCAGCUCCAAAGAUUGUUUAGUUUGAAGAUCAGUAAGUGUGAAUUUAAUAAGUUUUGCUUUCGGACUCUUGGGAGGGAAAAUAUCCCUCUUCAUAACCAGCUUAUUAGAUCAAUUGUCAAGAAUGCGUGCGUUGCUAAAGUUCCACCAGUGAAAGCUAGUAAAAAAUUUGGGAAUACCCUUAAUGUUAAAGUCACAAAUGGGUAUCAGAGGAAUCGUCUUCAAUCUCUCUAUGGGGAUGUGUUUCCUCCUUCUCCUCGCAAGGGUAGGUCUCCAGUUAAUCGGGAUCGUAAAUUUCGAGAUCGACCAAGUCCUUUGGGCCCACUUGGAAAACCACAGAGUCUUACAUGUGGGGAUUUUCCAAGUGGGGAACUGGUUUCCAUGGCACAAGAGCAGCAAAGUGCAACUGAAUUGCUUUCUCUUGGUAGCAGACCUCCAGUUGAAGUUGCUUCUGUAGAAGAUGGGGAAGAGGUUGAACAAGUUGCAGGUAGCCCUGGUGUUCAAAGUAGAAGCCCAGUUACAGCUCCUCUGGGUGUAUCUAUGAAUUUGGGUGGAGCUCGUAAAGCUCUGUCUAAUGUAUCUAUAUCUGGUAAUUACCACCCAGAGACCUGUCAAAACUGUGGUGAGCUACCGGAUACAAGAUCAUUAAGAAGUCGUUUACAGCAGAAGUUGGAGAUGGAAGGCUUUAAUAUUUCUAUUGACUGUGUUAAUCUGUUAAAUAAUGGGUUGGAUGCAUAUUUAAAGAGACUGCUUGAACCCUGUAUGCGAUUAGCUGUGUCAAGAUGUGGUAGUGAGCAUUUAAAUCAAUUAAAUGCUCAGUUCAAUCCUGGUUUAAAUGGGAUGCUACCUGGAAGAUAUAUGGAAAGAGCCAAAAGCUCUACUUACGCAUCCUUGUUAGAUUUUCAUGCUGCAAUGGAGUUGAAUCCCUGCAUACUUGGAGAAGAUUGGGCCAUACAGCUUGAGAAGAUUAUGUUGCGUUCGUCUGAAGAGUGAACAAAAUCUUUAUAGAACAUGGAUCAGGAACUCAGCAUUUAAUCAUGCUACAUGAGUAUACAUUUACAAUUAGUCAAUGAAUUCAGUAUUUUGAAUCAGUUUCUUAACCUUACAUGAAUUUUGGUCUCUGCCUGUUACAGUGUUACAAUUGUUACCAUAGGAAAUAAGUAGUGAAUUCCUUGUGAGUUUUGGUUCAAAUUGAUUAGGUGGCAUCUAGAUAUAGGCUUUAUAUUUGUUGUGGAGGGUUCAUGUGUAUACAACUAUUUGUAACUUCUUGAUACAAUUAAGAAGCUCACUGUUUGAAGAGUUUAACAUCAUUCUUGAAUUAAUUUUUUUCCCCUCUGUUCUUUUUCCCAGUGAACCAAUUUAUGCAUGCACUGAAGCAUUCUUAUAAGUCUUAGUGAUCAGUUGCUACAAAAAGUUUCGAACUUUAUUGUGUAUCCACUUUUCUUGUUGACAUAAAUGAAAGUUUCGAACUUUAUUGUGAAUCGACUUUUCUAGUUGACAUAAAUUAACUGGAAAUUUUAUUUCACUUGUCAAGUGUUUGUUGGCUUGAUAUGCAUAGCAGGGUUAACAUCCUGAUAUAGCUUAAGCUUUUGGGUUUGAUGUAAACUUACCAUUAUAUCUCUGAGGAUCCAAAUAUUCUAGCUUGACUGUGAAAGCUCAAGAAAAACUCUGCCAGUAUCUUGUGCUGCAUAAUAUGAGGUCCUUGGAACUUGUCCCAUGGUCUUUAAAUGAUCCUCCAUUAGGACACAUAUGCUCACCAGAAAUUUUUUGAAGAAAUGUAUAGUUAUUCAGAUAAUUUAUAAUCCCUGUUGGAUUGGUAUUUCUUGUUAAAUGUAUAUAAUGCUGCAUACAAUGUCUUAUGUUCUUUCUUCUGAAAUUGCAAACUUUCAUGAUCUUCUCUUUUUUUUUUUUUUUUUGGGUUCCCCCUUAUUAUGAUCGAACUUCUUCACCCCUUUCACCCCUAAACUGCAUCAAAACAAUCCCCACUUCUUUUUGUUGUUUUUUCUGCCAAGUUAACAAGUGUCUUCGCUUAAGUACCUGAACUCUGAAGCACUAUAUUUUUUACCUCAGCUGGCAUAACUGUACGUGCAGUCCUAAAUUGAUUUAAUUGCUUGACAUGUCACAAUAAAUAUUUUUGUCUCAAAUAAGUCUCUUUGGUCGAGGGCCUGCUUCAUUUCUUCAUGAUGGUGAUGCAUCUCAUGGUGAUUGCAGGAAAGCUAUGAUCUUUUACAGGUGAUAUUACAAGUUUGUGCAUUUUGCUUGCCUUCAAUGUUAUUUUACUAAUUCUAUUAUUUCAUCUGACACAAAUGCACUUAUGUAGUUAGAUAAAAUAAUUCAAGCAUGUCGCCUGGAUUUUAUGCUUUCUGUUGUAGUGUUAUUAGCGGUUUAGAAUAGUUUGUUUACCUGACUAAAAUUGGUAGAGAGGAGUUUCACGUAGGCAUUGGUUGAAGCAUGCCAUACUGUUUAAAAAGAGCAUGACAUAUGGAUAUAUUUAUACAUCUUGGCUAUAGUAUUUGUGUGUGUGUUUCCUUUGGAACGGUUAUGUCUAUUUACCAUAUGCUUGUAGUUCACACUGAUCCAUUCCUCCUUUUGUUCACUUAUUUGUUCAUUUGUCUAUUAUGAAGAGCAUCCCACAAAAUCACUCUAGAAGAAGCUGCUGAUUGAGUGGCAUCUAUGCAAAGUAUGCCAGAAGACAAAACACAUAGCAUUUUUGGUGUAAAGGCACUAAAAUGUUUCAAUAAAUUUACACCAAGAAUAAUGAUAUUUGGAGCAUCGGAUGAAAGUGAAGGUGCAUUGGUUGAUUCUUCUCAGCAAUGCCAUUGUGCAAAAAAUUUCAUGAGAUUAUGCUUGUUUCAGUUGUACAAACCCGGAAGGAACAGGCAUCCAACAUCUCUCAGGGUUGUGAGAAGGAGACAGAAUUCUAACUAAAGAUGAGCUUGCUUCAUUUUGGGUUGGCACCUAGAAAUACCAUUUGUCACUGCUCUGUUUAUGUCCGCAUAUUUUCUGAUUUCGAGGCUCCCUUCCAACUUAAAUGAUUUUAUGCAUCUACUGUAUCUUUUUAUGAAGUUUUCGCAUAAUGUACUGUAAAACCUUUGACCUGGCAUGCUAAACAUGUGCUGCCAGAUGGAUGAUUGACACCAACAUUCUUAUAGUUCAGUUUAAAAGUAUUUUGUUUCAAG